AUUCACCAUAUAAACUUGGAAAAACUCCCACAGAAAAACGAGCCAUCUCAGCCCAAUGAGUGAUGAGCUUCAGCUCAGUCCUGCUCAUCACUUCUUUCCUUCACAGUGCAGUAAUCUUUAUCUCCAACACAUGACACCCAACACUAAUAUAAAUACAAUCUUACAAUCUUACUAUCUCUUACCACAUACAAUUUUAAAUAAAUACUUAAAAAAGCAUCUCACCGCCUAUUUCCACCAUUUACAACCAUUCCACGCUUUCCAUUUCUCCUUCUUCUCCUUCACACCACGCACAUCAUACAUUUUUGCAGAGACUACUCAAGCACCACCCUCCGAGGCAACUCUCUUCUCUCCACCUUUCCUCUCUUUUCUCUCUCCUCCCUUUUUUUUUUUUUUUUGUGUUUUCCAAGAUAAUUAUCAUGCAGCAACAUCAGAUCAAAUUUCAGCAACAACACCAACAACAACAAAAACAACAACAUAUUAUUGACUCUCCUACUAGUAACAACACAUCUUCAUCUUCUUCUACUACUAGUAACAAUUCCAUUUCAACUUCUUCAACAACAGCAACAACAACAACAAAUAUAACAACAACAACAACAACAACAACAACUACAAACACUACUCAAAAUAAAAGAGGAAGAGGAAAAGGUGGGCCCGACAAUAAUAAGUUCCGUUACCGUGGUGUACGGCAACGGAGUUGGGGUAAAUGGGUAGCUGAAAUUCGAGAACCUCGUAAACGUACUCGUAAAUGGCUAGGUACAUUUGCUACAGCUGAAGAUGCUGCCCGGGCUUACGACCGGGCAGCUAUUAUUUUAUAUGGUUCAAGAGCUCAAUUAAAUUUACAACCUUCACCUCCACCUUCAACCACUAAUGGGCCUACUUCCGCUUCUUCUUCAUCUCGUGGGUCGUCGUCUUCUUCUUCCGGCCCAACCCAUUCUCUUCGGCCCAUCCUUCCUAAGCCCACUUCUGGUUUUGGGUUUAGCUUUUCGACGUUUCCUUAUGGUGGAUUUGGUGGUGGAGCUGGGUCUACUUCCUCGUCGUCGUCGGUGUUGCAAUAUCCUUAUCAUUGUCCCAACAUCGUACAUGGGCCUGUUCAGUGGGCCCAAUCUGCAUCAUCUAGUAUGACAUCUUUACAUCUUGUGCAUCCAAAUAAUAGUAUUAUCAAUAGUAGUAAUAAUAAUAAUAAUAAUAAUAAUACUACUAUUGGGUUAAAUAAUACUAAUAGUAAUGAUGUUAAUCAUCAAGUAUUACAUCCAGAUCAACCUAUGCACUCUCAUGAACAAGUACCUGAACAACAACAACAACAACACCAACAACACCAACUCGUACAUCAACAACAAGUCUCGUGUUAUGAUCAUCAUCAAGAAGAUCGUCAUAAGAGUUUUUGUGACGAGAUAAGCUCGUUAGUAGGAUCAGUUGAUUCAGGAUUAUCAUUAGGGUCACAAGUGAUUGGACAUUCGGAUCCGGGUUUGAUUAACUUACCUGGUUCACCGUUAUCUUGGCCGAUGCCGUUAAGUGGUGAAUUGGAUGAGUAUCAUCAUAGUACAACAAGUCUUUGGGAUUAUGGUACUGAUCCAUUCUUGUUUUUUGCUGAUGAUCAUCAAAUAUAAGGUAAUUAUUAAUUAAGGUGUUAAUUUUCGUUGGAAAUUUGGUGGAGUAUUUUUAUGGUCAAAAGAAGUAAACAACAUGCAAAUUUGCACCAUCUUCAAUAAGGUUAGACUAAAUGAGAAUUAUAUUUCCAAAGGAGGUUAGUUAAGAAUUGCAAUUAAUGACUAUCUAAUUGCAAAUUAAAUUAUCUCAUAGUAUUUAUUGCUCUUUCAAUUAUGUUAAGGGAAAGAGAUUUGAAGAGCUAAAUUUGUUUUAUUUUAUAUUAUUUGCCUAAGGUAUAGGAUUAAUAAUUAGACUAUUAAAUAGUAGUAAUAGUUUAAUUAUUCAUAUGAAGUAGUAAUUUUCUUAAUUUUGUUGUUUAUACUAUUAGGAGUAUUAUUUAUUUUUAAUUAUUUCUUAAUUCUAGAUUUUUGGUUCAUUUUUGGAUGAACCAAGAAGGAAUUAGGGUUAGGGUUUUGAGAUGGAGAUCAUGUUGGUCUGAAAGAGGGAAGCAGGAUUUUGUUGAAUAAAGAUUUUUUUAUGCAAUAUAUAGUAUUUUAUUAA